AUGUCGCUUGCAAUGCCUUCUAUUGUAGGGGCCUUGGCUUGCCAAAAAAAUUCUUUUUUGAAGACUCUCCAAACUGUGGUUAUGUCAUGCAAGGAAUAUGAGGCGCUUUCUCCAUCAAAAGAAAAACAAGGGAAGAAGAACGCUCAAGCGAAAGAAAAAUUGUACGCUGUGGAAUUCAAAGAUACAGUUCUUUUCCCUGAGGGAGGCGGUCAGCCAAGCGACACUGGGGCUAUCAUCUUGCCGAAUGAAACAGCUAUAGAGGUUCAGCAGGUUUUACGUCAAGGUUUGAAAGCCGUACAUGUUGUUCCACAACCUGUAGAAAUUGGAACCAAUGUCACUUUGAAAGUAGACUGGGACCGCAGAAUUGAUAUCAUGCAACAGCACACGGGGCAACAUUUAAUAUCGGCGGUUUUCGACACUUAUGACUUGGAAACUUUGAGCUGGUCUAUGGGUGACAUGAUCAACUAUAUCGAAUUACCGAAGAAGGUUGACGACGACAUUUUGGAAGAAGUUAGCCAGAAAGUCAAUGAUCUCAUUUUGCAGGCCAUUCCCAUCACUGUCACCACUCCUGAUGAACAUGGAGGAGAAAUUGAUACUUCGCACAUCCCAGAUGAUUAUGAUUUGUCUAAAGGUAUCAUUCGGAUAGUCAAGAUUGGGGAUCUUGACGCAAAUCCUUGUUGUGGAACUCAUUUAACUUCGACCAGUCAAGUUCAAGGUGUAUCUUUCUUACACCAAGCAAACAUCAGAGGUGGGCAUUCUAGAUUACAUUUCGUUUGUGGUUCUCGCGUCUCCAAGCUUUUGACCUCGUACCAUAAGAUCUUGAAGGAUACACUGGGUUCGCUGUUGUCAUGCCUGAUUGAAGAAGUUUCUCAGAAGGUUUCUGACCUUAAUAUGAAUUAUAAAAAGUCUCAAUCACGGGAAAGUUCUUUGCUCAAAGAACUUGCCAAGAUUCGUGCUGACGAGGUGUUCAACAUUUUCAAGAAUAAAACAGCUACAUUGGCGACUGAGUACAGAAGCGAUAAUUCUGCUGAGUACCUUACACUCUUUCAAAAGGAACUUUUAACGUUGAUUAAUGGAAAUAAGGAUUCCGGUGUCAACUUAACAGACAGUUGCACGAUCGUUCUUAUCAAUGGGGAUUACAAAUCCGGAACUGGCGGGAUGGUGAAAAUCAUGGGACCGCGUGCGGAAGAGAUCCAAGGAGAGCUCAAGAAACUUUUGUCAAACUUGAAAGGUGGUGGCAAGGGUGCCAGCUUUCAAGGCAAAAUCACCCGGUACGAGAAGGGCGAGCUCGAAAGUGUGUUGAGGUAUUUAGAACUGGAGAGUAAUUAG